AUGCAAAAGCAAUCUUCAUCAGUAAAUGAUCAGAUACAAAAAUACAACAUUCAUCUUGGAAAUAAAGAGAGUAUCCAGUUGUUUAAGAAGUCUAUCCUUACUAAAAAUGCCUAUGAGUUGAAAAAGUUAAUGGAGAAGCAUCUCACUAAGCUAAAUAACUCCUUCUCAGUCCAAAUUUUCGAGCCACUGCUAAUGAUCAAACUGACGAUAGAUCUGAAUUUCUUGAAACUUCCAGCAACAAUCUAUGAGUCACUAGGAUUUGAGAUGGAAGAGUUGGUCGAAUAUCUUUUUAUUAUGGAAGACAACAAGCUACUAAUGUUUAGAGAUGAUCCUACAUUAUCUACAAAGGAUCUUCAAGAGCUGCUCAACUUAGGUAUUUUAAAGAUCGAAUUCUCCCAGAUGGGAAAUGACAAUAUACAAGCAAGAUAUAAGAUCUAUCUCCAGAUGCUUCACGAAAGCUUUUUCAAUAAAAAGGGAAAAGGAAAAACUAUAGCCGAGGAAGUCAAGUCGAUAGAUGUUGAUGAACUAAGUGAAAGCAAGGCAACCCUCCUUGACAUGGGAUUUUCAAGUUCUGAGUCAGAUAAAGCUCUCAAGAAAAACAAAUUCAGCCUUGGUAAUGCCAUCAAUUAUCUUUUGGGAAGGAAGAAACAUUCUGAGGAAACAAAGAUGGAGGUCGAUGGAGAAAUGACAUUUGAAGGAGACCCAAAACUUGAGUUAUUUUCUAACAUUACAACUAAGGACCUACAAGAGAACUCACUGCUGAAUUACUUCAGAUAUAUUCUGUAUUCCUUGGAUAGUAUCCCCGAUUACUGCUGUAUCUGCAGAGACAAAUUGUCUACGAAAGCUAAUACAAUUAGAUGCUGACAAAAAGAGUUAUGUGAAUUUUCAUUUGAGGAAUCCCAAGGAAUUUCUAUUAUCCCUGAAAUCAAGAGAGAUCCAAACGCAUUUUCUCUCAACCUCUCUGUAUUCAGUGAGUGCUUAAUGGGUGGUCGAGUAAACAAGACGUUUGAGCCCUUCCCUUCCUUCUUCCUUAAGGAUCAAGAAUUUCGUUCCAAAAGAGGAUACCUAGAUAACAUAGUUAAGGCAAGAGAAGAAGGAGGAGAAGCCAAAGAAGUGAAAGAAUCCAAUAAGGAUAUUAAGAAGAUCAGGAGCUUGUUCAAAUUUGUUCCUUCUGUUGAAAGAUGCAUUUCCAAAUGUGCUGAUGACCAAGUACUCCUCAAAACUAUUGAAAAGGCAACUAAGGAUUUUGGAGAUUCUCAAGCGAUCUAUAAGCUUCUACAGUAUCUUAUCACAACAAAUCGUGCUAGCAUGAAGAAGCUUGGUGAGAGUGACAAAUGCAGUGGGGCACCUGAGGUAGAUGAGUACAUUCUUUACAACAACGAGGUGCAUGAUGAGAACAAAUUCCAAAAACUCAAAUCUAAGCUAGGAACAGUUUGGACCUUCCAUGGUAGCUCUAUUGAGAAUUGGUACAGCAUACUGAGAAAUGGGCCAAGGAAUCUUUCUAAUACUAAAAUGAUGACAGCUGGAGCUGCCCAUGGCGCAGGUGUAUAUUCAGCUAAAGCCUACAAUACAGCUAGUGGAUACUCUUAUAACAGAGGAGCAUACAACAACACAGGAAGUGGGGUUACUAGUGCACCAAGCUGGAAGCACUGCACUAUCAAAUCAAAGUGAAUAAUUGGAGUACUUGAAAUUAUAAAGAGCAGUAAAUAUAACAAAACCGGAGAUUAUGACAUCGUAGUCUGUCCUGAUGAUGAUUGUAUAAAGCUUCGUUACAUCUGGAUUAUCCCAAGUGGUGGUGUCUCCUCCAGCAAUCUCUCAGGCUUGAUGUCUAAUAAACUUGACUUCAAAGGCAAAUACUACAGCACAGUGAAAUCAAUCCAGGAUAAAGAAAUGGAUUCCAGGAGCCUCCGUCUAAAAGCCGCGCACGAAAGAGCCAAGACUAGACUCCAACAACAACUCGAUGAAAGAGAGAAAGAAGAGGAAGAGAAGAAAUGUGAUGAAAAGAUAGAGAAAUUAGAGAACAAGUUUACAGGAAAAGGUAGUGUCACAGCCACUAAGAGGAUCCUUAAAGAGUACAAGCACUUUCAGACUUCCACUGAUAUAGAGAAUUUUGAAAUUAAGUUCAAGGGUGAUAACUUCUAUCAGUGGAAUGUGGUGCUUGAUAUCCUCAAGUUUGAACUCACUGCUGAUCUGAAGAAAGAUUUCGAGUGGGCGAAAGAUCAAAGUGGAAGAGACCCAACUUUACAAUUUGAAGUUAUAUUCUCAUCUUCUUUCCCAUUCGAUCCCCCAUUUAUCAGAGUGGUCCAGCCGAUUUUCAAGUUUCAUACAGGGCAUGUAACCAUCGGAGGAUCUCUCUGUAUGGAAAGUCUUACUCCAUCCGGAUGGUCUUCAGCAAGAUCCAUUGAAGGAAUUUUCAUUGAAAUUCUUAGUAUUAUCCUCCAAGGAGGUGCCAGACUUGACAGGGAAAGAAUAGGACACAGCUACUCUAUUCAUGAAGCAAGAGCAGCAUUUGAAAGAGUCGCUAAGCACCAUGGAUGGCUUUAA